GCCAUUCGACGAGAUGUUGCGGUAAAGUCGUUACGAGAUGAUGAUGGCCUCGCUGACUCUGUGACUAGAAAUACGUGAUUCCUCUCACUAUUUGAAGCAGAGAGGUUUGCUAUGCCUGGAGAUUCCACAUCACAUGAAGAGUCAUUAGACAGACAAAUAUGAGCCACGAGACGCGCAUCGAAUCAUAGUCAAUUCACGAUUUGGCAUCAUUGGGGUACUUUUGAAUCCAGUCAGACAAGCCCCAGCAUCACAAAUGCAGGACGCGUCACCUUUUGGCUUGAAGACAGGGAUGGAAGGGCUAUCGUAAUAAAACAAUCGCUGAGACCGAUCGCAGGCUACUUGAACAGGAGAAUGACUUCGCUGAACCCGCAUUCAGUCAUCUUCCACGACGCAAACCAAUCUUUUCCAGAAGCCAUUGUUGACCACGCUUCUAAUUAGUCUGCACAAACGGCGGUAUCUCAGAACUACCAUGCCCUACAUUUGCAAAAAGCUUUCCGUAACCUAUCGACCAAAAUCGAGAGAAAAAUGGACAGUAAUCCAAAAGCUCGGUCGCAUGGGCGGAGGUCUUAACGGCGGUAUAAGUAAAGUUCAAUGUAAUGAACCAGAAGCUCGGGGUAUGGUGUUCAUUGAAAAGCGCUUUAGCAGAGACUUGUUCGAGAGCGACAUACCGCGCCAAGAAAUCCAGAUUUUGUGCCAGAUCCAGGACCACAAUCAUAUUACCAAGAUGGUGGACCACUUCCUCGAUAAGCGCAAACCAGACGGAGCUGUAUAUCUGGAGUAUCGUACGGUAGGUAACCUGGCAGACGUGGCGUUCAAUGUUGCUAAAGGCGCCCACGUCAACGAACAUAAGAUAUGGAAAUGGUUCUGUCAACUGUCUUCUGCCCUUACGUACUGUCACCGUGGCCCGCAGCCAAAGAUGACUGAUGACGAGAUAUUCCAGUCCGGUUGGAGUAGAAUAUAUCAUCGCGACAUUAAGCCUGCAAACAUCCUGCUGACCAUGGAAGGUGAUACAAUUAUAGCGAAGCUUGCCGACUUUGGAUUAGCUGUAACUGAAGACUAUCUGUCGCUUGAGCGUAGCGUAGAAGGCGCUAUAAUGGGACCAGGGGGGACGCCCGGGUUCGAUGCUCCAGAAUCGCCACUCUUCGGCGGCCCUUCAGAUGUCUGGCAACUAGGUUUGAGCAUGGUCUGCGCAUGUACUGGGAUCGAAGGGCCGCGAAGCAGAGAAUUUCCUCAUGGUCAAAGAUGGGACAAAGAACAACCGGCCGGCUCCAGCUACACCAGAGAACUCAGUAGCAUACUGAAGAAAAGUCUAGAGAAAGACUUUCGAAAGCGGGUGUGCAUAUAUCCCCUGUUGACGAACAUCAAAGCUGAAUAUGCGGAGAUAAAGGAACGGCUUCCUGUCGACAAACGACUGAAUAGAGUCUACGAUCUAGUCGAAGAGCACGGCAAAGGGAAGCCGCCAGCGGGACAUCGCAGACCAAUGCAUCAUUUCACGAAGUGGGAGGGCCCGGCUCGUCCCGGACAUGCAGGUGACCAUGGCAAGCCGAUGCCGUUCUAUGGAGCGGGAUUCGAUGAAGAUGAGCUGGACGAGUUUAACUUCGGAAUGGGAUUUGGUCCUCAUGUGGCCGGUGAUUUCGACCCGAGGCGCAUGAAUGCAUUCAACCAGGGUUUAUAGUGAGUCCAAAGGCGUGAUCAGGUAGCUGA